AUGAAAAAUAAUCCAAAUCAACUGGAUAUUCAAACUUCAAUCCUACCUCCGGCAUAUUAAUCCUCCGAGGAGAUAGAAGAAAUAAUGCUCUAAGAACUUGAAAGUAUUUUCGAUAAACCCUGCCUUAUCCCAGUGAUUGCAUCUUAAGAGCAGCAAAAAUCUCAAAAUUCUUCAUAAAACUCAAACAUGUAGCAAUAGUAAACUCAGCCUAGUGUCUCACAACAGCAGUAAACCAAUUAUCCCACUUCUUUCAAGGUGGGAUAUGAUAAAGAUUACACCAAUACGUUCCUCAUCACAAAUCCUUAGGCGAUUUUCAAAGUUUUUUCUAAAGACCAGUUUUUGCAGCUGGCAGAAAGCUCAUAGUGCAUUUUGAUCGACAGACUAGAUGACAUUUUGUAAAAGUGUAGUCACAAUUCUCUGGUCUUGACUGAUCAUAUAGUACUUACAAAUGUUACCAGGCUCAACUAACUUCACAUUGAUUAAAUGAUGAAACUUGCUAGAGAAAACAAGGAAAGUGAUAAUUAAUUGUAAUUAGAUCCUUAGACAUCACAGAGAUAGUCUCAUUCAAAAUAAUUCAUACCAGAGCAUGAUAUUUUAUUGUUAUCGGUCCAGCUUUGUUUGAAACUAUCAACAACUAAUAAAAAUAGUUCUAAGAAAUUACUAAACCUAAUUAGAAAACUUACCUAUGGAAAACGUUUUCUUAGAUGCCAUUUAGAAUAUGUAUACUAAUAUUUGAAAAUUAGAUGUUCAAAGCUUAGCAGAAAAAGUAAGACCCAGAGUGCUUUAUCAAAAUUGGACACUGCUUUAAGAAUUCUUACGAAUAUGUUUGAACAAAGAUUUGAAGUUGGGCCAAGUAACUAUUUUUAUUUUUCAGGAUUUCUCUCAGGCAUUCAAGUUAUAUCUAAGACUAUCUAAAGUGCUGAGUUUAUUAAGGAUAAGGAGGAUUUGAAUGUUACUUUAAUGAAAGAAAAUUAUUCUAUAGAAUCCUUGGCAAAAACUACAGUCCACCAAGUAAAUCAAAUAAAAAAUAGAUAACCCAUUUUAGCUGUUGAGAGUAAUGGUAUACUGAUUGGGGAGUUUCUCCCAAAGAAAUGGUACUUUUUAGCAACAGAACAUGAGAGACCAUCUUUUACAAGACCUCAAUUUACAGCAAUUAUAAAUGACAAGCAAGUAGUCAACCUUCCACUCGAUUACCCCAAGAUUGAUAAAAACGCCAAAAUAUCAAUGAUAUCUAUCUGUAAAAACUUCGUAGGUCAGCUAUCAACUUUUAUGAUAUUCAAGGAGCCAGUCAACAACUCCAAAAAGUUGAUUCAAGUAAAACAAUAUUUAUCAUUAAUAAUCGUGUAUUAGAUGUAUCACAACUAUGAAUUUGGCAUUUUUAAUAACAGCUAAAUGAUUGUUAAUCCAUAUAAUAAGAAUAGUAGCUCCUCAGGAACUUCAUUGAAUUCAGACAUUUUUGAUUAAAAGUUUAUUGAUAAAAUGCUUAUCCUCUACAAUCCUGACAGGACAUCAAAUAAGACUAUCUACGAUUGUGUUGAAAUGAGGGAUGCUGAGCUAAUGAUUAAUUCUGGAGUAUGUGUGACUGGUCCUAAGUCUAAACUAUUUUACAGUGGAGGAUUAGCUUCAUUUUUGCCCCUACUAGACAUAAUGAGAGCAAUCUCUAUCUAUCAUAGCCCAAACAUGAGCCCACUUAAUGAUUUAGAUUCAACCUUCAACAAUUUUUUGAAACUGAUUAAUGCUGUUAUCGCAUCAAAGUCAUACUCAAUGUUUGAAUAAGAGUAGCCUACCCCUUUCUUCAAUAUUCUAUUCCAUUUACUGAAUAAACUCCCAGCAAAUGCUGUCAAUAAUAAUACCAUUCAACUCUUAGCUGAAAUCAGAUUCUAGAUCGGAGACUCAAAACUAUAGGAGCAAUUUUUCAGAAAUUUAAUGUAAAGCAGCGAUUAUUGGCUCAAUACUGAAAAUCUUGAUGUGAUUAAUGAAUUUUGGCUAUUCGUAAAAGCCAUUUACUCUCAAAACCCAAUUUAGUAUAACCGACUUUUCAGUAUUUAAAACUUGAUUGAUCUUAUGGUCAAAAUAAGCGACAUAAAGGAUGCUGGACACUGCUGUGAAUAUCAUAAAACUACUUAUAUGAUGUUCUACUAGGGUUAAAUACAAUCUUUACAUCAAAAUUAUUAAGGCAGAUCUAGCUAAUUAGGGGGAAUAGUAAAAAGAGAACAUUCAACUUCAAACAUCAAGGAAGAUAAAAAACUUGGACAAGGCAAUACCUCCAUUACUCCAAAGAAUUAAAGUAGAGCAAUAGAAUUCCGUGAAGACAACUAAAAAGUGAACAAUACCCAUCAAAUAGAUAAAUAUUUAGCACCAAUUGCUGGAGUACUAGAAGGUGUAUUAACCACUGGUGGUAAUGAAGUACUAGAUUAAAUUUAGAAUAUUGCCAAAUCCCUUACAGUGAAAUCCUCCCCUUGUUUCCAUCUCUAAAUGCUUAAGCUUUUAAAAGUUCUCUUACUAGACAGCAGAGAGGGAGAUAGUCAACAUUGCGCAAGUCCAGGUGAUUUCGCUGCUUAAUUUUUGAAAGCCAAUGGACUACAAAUUCUCCUCUAUCUCUGCUCUAAUUCAUCGUUCGAUGUGAAAGCAAUGUGUGUAAAGCUAAUUGAUGUCUUAAGUAGCCAUACAUCCCUAAUCAAAAUGUCCAUUGAUCCAGAUGUAUUAACUUAUCUUUGCAAUAUUGUGCUUCCGAGACAAAUGAUGGAGAUGGCUAAUAUUAGAGAAAAAAGUUAGAUUUUCAAAAACAUUAUUCUAGGCAAUGAUAAAAUGCUAAGAAGUGUAGAUAAAUUUGAAUCAUCCAAUCCAAAUCAAUAUGAAAUGAUGGAUGAUGAAAAUUCUGGCAAAGAAGAUGAAAAUACAGCAUAAGUUAUUGAUGAUUCUUUAGAAUAACUAAUCAUGCCACCUCAGAAAAAGUAGAAGAAAUUCGGUUUAGGUCUAUUUAUUGAAGAUGAUGAUGAUGAAAAUAGUUCAAAUCAAAUAAUCAAGCAGGCAGAUAUAAAUCUUGAGGUUAAGUAUAAGUCCUAACCUUAGAAAAGCUUAAACGUCCUUGCGAAACCUAAUGAAGUUUAAAAAGCAAAAUAAUAGUCAAAUGAUGACUAUAAUAUGGAUGAUGAUCUCCUACCCGGUACAAGGCCACCUCCACCAGCUCCUAAAGGUAGCAGAGGUAAAAUGACAAUGGCUUUUGAUUUUGACUCACCUGAAAGCCAGCCCUCAUAAUAAGAUAAUUCUAAGUAGAAAUUCAAUUAAACAAGCAAAGCCUAUAUCUUUGGUAAAUAAAAAACCAUUGCAGAAGUAAACGAAGAUGAAGAUGAUGAAGAGAUGGAAGAUAUAGAGGCCUUAGAAUAGAGUGAUGAUAUGCUAUAGAAUUUUGGAAUACUAGGAUUUAAAAGCAAAGAUCAAAAGAAGGAGAGCAAAAAGUAAUUUAUGAAUACCUAGAAGUUGCCUUAACUUAAAGCAACCAAUAAAACCUAGACUAUGACCUCUUCAUUUUAAGGUGAAAAGCGAAUGAAUACAAAGUUACUUGAACUAACCUUAGACGGCUAAGAAAACGAGGAUCAAUUUGACAAUUUUACCUCAAAUCAGACGAACAGGAACACAUUCACAGGACCAAGUGGAGAUUAUAAAAAUAGAGGAGCUAUCUAAUUUGCAGAAUAUGACAAUAAUGAUGAUUCAUAGAUUGUAGGAGGUAGAGCUAGAAAGAAGUCUUCUACAACUUUUGCUAAUGAAAAUGUUAUGAGCAAAUCUAACCUAAGAUAGCCAAAAUCAUUUAAUUUUGGGUUUCAGGAUUCAGAUGGUGAUAAUGAAGAUUAGGAAGAGGAAAAAAAAUCAGAAGACUCUGUAUUAGUGGAUAAGGUAGAGGAGGUUGAAGACUUAGAUCAGAUUGCCAGUCUGUACAAUCAGAAAGGAGACGAAGAUGAUGUCUACUUUGAAAGUGAUUUCUUCAAAGAAAAAAGAAUUAAAGAGACAGAUUUAAUUGAUCCAGAUUCAUUUAUAAUAGGAGGGUAAAAGAAGGGAAGCAGUGUUGUAGUGUAAUCUCAAAACACAGCAGGAAGUGUUCAUCAUCGAGGUAGAAGUAAUAUACCAGCUCCUCUCUUAAAUAUCAAUGAUGAUGACGAGGAUGUAUUGAUGAUAGUCCCCUAAAGGAAGAAUAAAAUAGUAGGUGGAACUACUGGAGCAACAUCAGACACUGUCAUGGAGGAAUCUUUGUCUGUAGAAAGAGACAAUCAAAUCUAGUAGUCUUAAAAUCAAAACUAGCAAUAACAACCGAAGUCUAAGAAAGCAGUGAUAUCAUUCAAGAAAAACGCAAGAUUAUUCACCAAUUAAAAUAAUAAACUAAAUAUUGACACGGAUGCAAUCAAUGAUCUGUUUACCUAUGGGGGAGAAAAUGGCUAAGUCAAGAUGAGUGAAGACUAAGAAAUUAUAAACUUUGAAGCCGAAAUUGAAGAACUUGCCAGCAUGUGCAUAGCUGCUAUGAAUAGAAAAACCCCCAAUGACCCCAUUAAAUACGAAAAUAAGAAUUUACAACCUACUUUUGAAAGCAAGUAUCUCGGUGGAGGUGAAAGAUAGGAGGAAUAGGCAAAGACAAAGGAUAACAAAAAGGGAACUGGCAAUAUGCUCUAAAAUCCAAGAUCAUAGUUCAUGACGCCAUAGAGUGUAAGGGGAAUCAAGAAAAUUGAAUUCUAGAUGUCUCAUGAUGAAAAGCAAGCUGCAUUAGAGGGAUCAAGAGAUAGAAUAAAUCUGGGGAGUAGUCUAGGAAGUGCAGGGCUAUCAACUAGUAAAGCAUUUGGAAUGAAAUAAGGAAUGUUUUCUAACAAUACUAUUCAAGAGGAGCUAUCACCGUAGAGCUAAUCUAAAUCCUCUACAUCAAUAAAUGAAAUAAAGUUUAAAAAGAACCAGUCUAUUAUUUCUCAAGAAGCAUAAGCAAAGAAUGAAAAGGUUAAAUAGUUAAAUUCUGCAAUUUAAAAGGAUAAAGGUGAUAAAAAGAGCUAAUAAAAGCCAACAUAGCAUUAGUCAUUUAACUAAACGCAACCUAAUCUUAAUUUCUUAAGUCAGUUAUCUUAAAGUAUUAAAGAGCAUGAGUAUAAAAAGAAGAGAAGCAGUGAUGAAUUAAUACUGAGUCAUGAUGGAUUCAGACUUGAUUAGAGUUCUAAUCAGAAUGAAGAUGAUAAUUUAUUCAAGGACUUAGUUUCUCAAUCAGAUUAAAACAAAGGCAAUGAUGAAUAUACUCUCGAACUAGAGAACCUUUACACUAGUUGUCUAGAGUGGAUAAUAAGCAGAGCUCCCUCUUCUCUAUAUGAGAAUAUUGUUAUUGAUGAAGUUGACAAGAUUGGAUAUCAACCAGCUAUUUAGCUAUUGAUGAUCUUGGUCACCUAUUCAAAUAAUAUUAUAAGACAAAGAGCACUAAAUGAUUUAGAAAUGCUUGCUAAAUGGGACUCUAAUAAUGGAACUUAGAUUAUGGUUCACCCACAAUUCCACUCUUGGCUGCUUGAGCUCUUGAUGCCCUUCCAAGACUUAACCUCUAAAUACCAAAAUCUUCAAGGUACUUCUCUUGCUGUUUAUGAUAUUGGCUGUAAACUUCACACACUUUUGCUGAGGAACGCUUGUACAAACUCUGAGGAAGAGGCCUAUAAAAAGAUUAAUUUCCUAGUUAGAUGGCCAAUGAUUGUACAGAUGUAAGUUAACUAAGGAAUCAAAGAUAGAAAUGAGCGAGAUAUUGAAAUUGCUAAUAAAUUAGUAAGAGUGCUCUUGACAUAAUUAAUCUCUGGACUGCGUGAAGAUACUUCAAGAUUAAAACCUCUAAUUGGCAAGAAUCUACCAACUUGGCAAAACUUAUUAUACAUCAUAUCUCUUGUGGAGGAAUUGGUAUUUGGCUCUCAUAAUAAGACUAUACAUAGUGAUAACAUUGAGCAAUUUAGAGAUGUUAAUGUAUCCCUUUUCAAAUGGAUUCAAAAGGAUUACUUGCUGCAUUACUAUGGUUCAAAUGAAAAGAAUUUGUGGGCUGAAUGGGACUUAAUGGAGCAAAUAUUCUAGGUUAUUGAUUCUAUUUAUCCAGAAUGGAUCUUUAAGAAUGAAAAGAACCAGCAUCUUAGAAUAGAGGAUAUAAUUUUCAAUACUUUAGAAAAAUGCAGUGCUGAUGAGUUCAACUCUUUAGUAGACAUAUUAAUGCAUGAGGGUUCUCCUUACAAAAAUUAGGUCAAUAAUUCUUCCUAGUAAGUCUAUUAACCACCAAAGUAAUAACAAAGUAAAGGCAAAGGACUACUAAGAGGAGUCCUAGGAGGGGGUAAAUCUCAUCAUUAAGAUAACUCACAAUAGAACUAGGCUGAUCAAACACCCUAAAAUUAAGUUCUAAAUUCGUAGUCUGAAAAUUCAUUCAUGAAAUCUUUACUCAAUCUCAUGUGCAUCACUUUGACACAAGCUGAUACUAAAGCUCAAGUUCAGUUAUGGCUAGAUAGACUUGAAAAAUUUGUCAAAUUUAUAAUAAUCCUUUCAGAAUCAUGGCGAAGUAGAUUAGUAUCAACAAUUUAUAACAACUAUUAAAGGAAAUUUUCAGAAGCAAUUACAUUCGCAUUUACUUUCAUAUUCCAUGAAAUACACCAUACUCCUAUUCAGACAACUAGAUCCAAUCAAAAUCUCUUAGGCACAUUGUCUCAAUACUCAAUGACUUCUAACAAUUCCAGCCCUAAAGAUUAAAAAUUCAACAAGUAAUAUGCUUAAUGCCUUAAAAAUUUGAUGAUUUACUUUAUCAAUGUAAUUGAGUACUAGAAGAUGAAAUAUACUCCAAGCCAAUUAGAAUCUCAUAUUACAGCUUGCAGAAAUAUUUUUACUAACUACUUGAUUAAGAAUUAUCAAGGUGGUUAGGAGUAUCUAAUCAAUAUGAGAGAUAUAUCAAGAAUUAAAUAGAGUGACUAUGAUGAUUUCCCAGAGUGCUUCUAUAUGGAGGAUUGGAAAGUAACAUUCUUCAAUAAUGAAAGCAUUAAAAGAGUGGUGAAGAAACAAAUGAAUUAACAAGCAUUAUUGCACUUUAUUCAGAAGAGAAGAAACUACUCUGUACACUAUAUAGAAGCUUAAAAUAGUAAUGAUAAGACGAAAGAUGAGAUACUCAAGAGAAUGUAAUUAGAAACUAUUGAAGUGAUAGGAUAGCUAAGCGCAGAGGAAUUUGAAAGAAAAAAUAAGGUCGCUCUAAUGAAUGAUAAUUUUAUCAGAGAGUAAGGCCAUCAUUGGAGUAAAGUUAAGCACUCAGUGUUUGGUAGUAGAGGUAUCUGGAGAUUUUCACUUGAAAACGACUAUUCUUACCUAAUGCUAAAUAUGUAUAGAACUGAGGAUGGUAUCAGGCCUUACUAAUAUGAAAGGCACAGAAAUGGCUUUGAAUUUCAGGAAUAAGAAGGGGAUUUGGAGAGAAAAAUUUUCACACUUGUCGACUCUGAUCCUAGUAUUGACUUUUUUGAAAUAGACAAAAACAAGCUUAUUCAGAGUAAAUAGCACUUAUUGGAGAACAAAGUUAGAUCAAACAACAAGGUCUAAGUAAAUAGUUCUGAUGAUGAGGAAGAAGAUGAAAAGUUAGAAGAUGAAGAAGAAAUUGGAAUUUAAUAUACUGAGAGCGAGUAAACACCAAUAAUAACAUUUUUCUCAAGAACACUUACAACAAGAGAAAAGAUAAGUCUAAAGAAGCAAUAUAUCAAUCAUCUCAAAGAGCACAUUUAUACUUUUAGAUCAAAGACUAAAGAAAUUAUUACAGAUAUGAGAUGCUCAAUACUCAAGCCAUUUUAUUAAAGACCCGGUUCUAUAACUUUAACUUCUCAUGACAUUUUAUUCUUUGAUGAUUUAUUUACUCCAGCCAAUCUACUAUAGGAAAAAGAUAAUAUAUUCUUCUUCAAAUAUCAAAAGAAGAAUGAUGAUCUUCUAUAUAAGAUCAUUCCACUCCAUAACCUUAAGGAGAUAUAGAGAAGGAGAUUUUUAGGAAGAAAAACAGGAUUAGAGAUUUUCCUGAUGAGCAAUAAAUCUAUUCUAUUGAAUUUUUCUAGCGUAGAUGAAAGAGAUAAAUUUGCUACUAAAAUAAUCCGAUAAAGGAACUCUAAAUCAUACAAUCUAAAGUAUUAUGACACUCUAGAGCCAAAAAGAAUAUUGAAGAAAAGAGAGUUAACAGAUAAAUGGAUGUAAUGGAAGAUAUCUAAUUUUGAAUAUAUAAUGCAACUUAAUAUCCUAUCUGGAAGAUCGUACAAUGAUCUAUCGCAAUAUCCAGUUUUCCCUUGGAUUUUAACUGAUUUCACAAGUCAAAAUACCCCGGAUAUAUCAGCUGCCAGUAUGAUUACUAAUUAACCAGCAGGAGUUGUACCUCCUCCUUAGGGAUUCAGAGACUUAAAUAAAAAUAUGCAACUACUAGGUACUGCAGAGAGAUAGGCAGAGUUCAAAAGAAAGUAUGAUGAUUAGGAUUCUUUUGCUUCAUCAAAAGAAAAAUUCCACUGCGGUUCUCAUUAUUCUAAUCCCGGAAUAGUCCUGCAUUACAUGUCAAGAUUAAGUCCAUAUAUUGAUGCUUUGGUCGAACUUCAUGGAAAAAAUCUUGACACCCCUGAUAGAGGAUUCCAUAGUGUUUAAGAAUCUCUAGAAAGUGCUUUAAAAGACCAUGCUGAUGUAAGAGAAUUAAUUCCUGAGUUCUACUAUUGUCCUGAGAUGUUUGAAAAUCAUAACCAAAUUAAAUUUGGAAUCAAACAAGACGGUAAUAUUGUAGAUUCUGUUAAAUUACCUGCUUGGUGCAAUAAUGAUCCUUAUCUUUUUGUAAUUUUCUUGAGAGAGGCUUUUGAAUCGAACUAUGUUUCAUAGAACUUAAGCUCUUGGAUUGAUUAUAUUUUUGGCUUCAAGUAAAGAGAUGGUGAAGCGGAAAAGUCACUUAAUUUAUUCGCUCACAUAACCUAUGAGGAUGGAAUAGACAUUGAUAGUAUAACUGAUCAAUUAAUGAAGCAAUCUUAUUAGGAGUAGAUCUAUAACUAUGGAUAAACACCGGCUUAGCUAUUUUAAAAGAACAAGCAUCCAUAGAGAAUUCCAAGAAAUCAAGCAAUCAAGUAUAAUUGCGUUGUAGACAAUUAAUCAAAAAUAAAAGUAUAUAAACCGGUAGUUUAGCAGCCUCAUAAAUCUAACUAAGGAGGAUAAAAUUAAGCGACUCCAAUUCUACUGUCUUAAGAAGCUAUCUUAAAGGCGAAGUUUGCUGAUGACCAGUAAAUUAUUGGAUUAAGUAAAGAUGGAACUGUCACUUAUUUCUUCUGGCUAUCAAAAGCGCACGAACUUAAUCCAAAUACUCCCUUUACUUGCUGUGAAGACAAAAAGAGAAAAUUUGAUAAUAGAUAAAAGUAAAAUGGUUUCGAAGUUUAUGACCGAUCAAUUAAGAAAUUUGAUUUCCCCCUCUAGAUUCUUCACAGUCAAAAAUGCAUUAUGAGAGGAGGAUUUUGGGAUGGAAAAAUAGCGAUAUGUCCUAUAGAAGGAGUAAGUUAAGAACAAGCAUCUAUACUGCAUGCACACUAGUCAACUGUGACAGCUAUAACCGCAACUUAAAAUGAGAAAAUAGUGAUUACAGGAUCUAAAUCAGGAGAUGUUAUAGUGUGGAACUAUAUCGGGGGUUCAAAUAAUCCUUCAAAUGAGUCUAAUUGGUAACUUAGAUAGCAUAUAUGUGAUCAUGAGGGAAUUAUAUCAACAAUUCACAUUAACGAGGAGAUGAAAAUAUAUCUAACCUGCUCUUUUGAUGGCUCUGCUAAUAUAUAUAAUUUAUGGAAUGAUAAAUUUAUCAAGAGAAUUCUUCAUCCGAAAUUGGCACCGAUACACUCAGGUAUACUUUCUUAAACCCCUCUACCAGUUUGCUGCUUUUUCUCAAGAGAAGAUCAUUAAUGGUAUUCUUUCACACUAAAUGGUCAUUUACUUGAAAAGUAAAGAGAGGAAUGCAGUCACAUCAUUUCACCUCAAGUUAUAAAAGAUUCUCAUUUUAUGGAGAAAUUAGUUUACGGAACAGAAAAAGGAUAUCUAAUAUUCAGAUAGCUCCCACUCCUGAGAUAAUUCAAGAAGCAAUAGGUAUCAACAUAAUAUCCAGUUCUUUCAAUCAUAGUCAGUCCUGAAAGAAGGUUCUUACUUGUUGGUUGUGGUGAUGGUGGACUUAAUGUAGUUACAGAACCAUUUCAGAUUAGCUAAAGUUAACCAAGCAUGCAACAUAGCAAUAUAACUUCUCAUCAUAGUGCAACUCAAUCAAAUACUCAAACAUCAUCAUAGUACAAUCAAACAACUUCAUCAUAAGGGUAAAAUAACUAAACACUCAUGAACUAGACAUUAGGAUCUUCUUAUAUAAGUAUGACUUAAUCAUCAAUAGUAAGUCAGCCUUUGGUCAUAUAAGGUGGUCAAAACUAGAACUAGCAGUAAUUACAGUAAUAGCAAGCAAAGAACCAAUAAAUGUUUGGAAAUCUCUAAUAAUAAAUGCCUAACUAUCACUCCUAGGGCUCUAAUCAACAGGCUUCAAGCUUAUAACCUCAUCAUUAGUAUAGAGAAUGA